AUGAUAAUUGGAAUGGGAUUUGAGCAGCCUUGUUCAGGAGCGCUAAUGUGUGGCCACAAGUGUCCCUAUCCAAAUCAUCCGCCGAAUUUCACCCAUGAAUAUCCUCUCUGCAUGGAGCAAUGCAAGCAAAAAUGCUCUGGAUGCGGAAUGCAAUCUUGCCAAAAACUCUGCUCCGACGCCUGCGACCGCUGCUUCAAUACAAUCCAAAAGAUGCUGCCCUGUGGCCACAAGCAGACGACUCUCUGCUACGAACCGGUUGAAGAAACUCACUGUGCUGAUCGAUGUGGAAAAGAGCUCAUUUGCGGACAUGCUUGUAACCGGCCAUGCUCAGAGGAUUGUUUAUGCGACCAUGCGACGCUGUUUGAUUGCAGAAACUGUAGGAAGAGGACAAAUCAAUGUGCUUCUCUUGGCUUCUGCACUAGAAAAUGCGAUGUAAAACUCGCCUGCGGCCAUCAAUGCUCUAACCAAUGCGGCGAUCAUACCCAGCACUCCCGAAAAUGCGAAAAACCCUGCACUCGACCUUGCCGUCACUGCGGAAAAUCAACCUGCAAACUAAAAUGUGGCGAAUGCAACAAUAGCUGUCCUCCUUGCAACUGCCAGAUGCACCAGAUUCAACUCAACUGUGGACAUGUAACUUAUGGUUUUGCUGGAGAUAUCCAAAAUCAGACCUGCUUCCAAGAUUGCGCCCUCGACCUGCCCUGCGGCCACGAGUGCCGAAACCGUUGCUCGGAAAAAUGCGGACCUUGUGUGGAACCAGGAAUCUACCCCUGCCGCGAGUGCGGAGCCAUGUAUGCGGGAACCUGUGGCGGAUCCUGCACUAUGGAAUGCGCAGAGACCCUGAGCUGCGGGCAUCCUUGCGGGGGAACUUGCGGAACUUGCAAUAAAGGUUUGCUCCAUGAAAAAUGCUCUCAAAAAUGCGGUCGAACGCUCAUGUGCGGUCACAUUUGCCAAGAACCCUGUCACGAAGUCUGCCCACCUUGCGAUCAAAAAUGUUCGAAGCGCUGCUCUCAUUCGAAAUGCGACCAUCCUUGCUGGGAAGAAUGCGUUCCGUGCAUGGAACAAUGCCCUGAACGCGGCUGCAAAAAGGUCUGCUCAAGUGGAGAUUGCAAUCAUCAACGACUGUCGAUUCCUUGCCAAGCAAGAAGAAGCUGUGGGCACAAAUGUGAGCUGGUUCAGCAUGAUACGGAUUGUGCGGAACUGCACUCUCCUGCAUCCUGCGCGAGGUGCAAUAGGGAGGUUUCGGAGAUGUUCUACGAUCCGAUCAUGAUUUCAGAAGAGUACGAUGGUGAAUCUCAUUACGUCUUCAUCCCCGACUGUGGUCAUCGAAUCGAAGUUGAAGCUCUUGACAAUUACGUUCGAGCGACUAUGGACGAAUGCAGAACUGGUGAAUUCAAGGCGAUCUCUUGCCCGAAAUGCAAAACCCCGAUGCUCAGCUGCCUCCGGUACAACAAAGAAUUCAACGCUUGGAACAAAAAAUACGGGAAUAUCAAAGCCAAGUACAGGGAAGAAAUGGCCAAGACUGUCAAUUUCGAGGAAGUGAAACAGUCGAUUCUCGAGAAGCUCAAGCGGCAGAGGUUUUUCGCCACGACUGAGCUUGAUGAAGACAGCAUUUAUGCACGAGUGAACGGAACAAAAUUGCAACCGAGUGAUGCUAGAAUCAUCUUGUUGCAGCUGGACUACUUGGAGAGGGUCGACAAGUCGCUGGAAGACAUUCGUUCGAGGGAACUGGAAAGAGAACAUUUGGAGUACGAGGAUGAUAUUCUAGUAUUUCUGCAAACACUGGAAGAGAUCAUCGUCAAAUUUGCAAGUCGAGAGAUUCGAGUUCUUGGCGAGAUUCACACGAAUGCGAUUGAAGAUAUUUUAUUGAAGAUUGAACUUUUUGGAAAUUUUUACGCUUUUUCGACUUCUCUAGAAGAAAAAUAUACCGACCAGACAAAGCAAUUAGUGAAACAACUUCUAUUGGAAUUCGAAAAGCAGUUGAUUGGAGAUCGAGCUGAUGAAAUUCGAGGAAAGCGCAAGGCAGAUCAAGACCGUGUGAAUGCUCAGCUUGAAAGUGAGCAGAAACGAGCGAAAGCUUUUGAGCCUGUUACACGACAGGAGAUUUCUGAUCUUGCUGGUGUAUUACAACAGGCGACUGGAAUGCGACAAGGACAUUGGUACACUUGCCCGAAUGGCCACCCUUAUUUUGUUGCAAACUGCGGCAAUGUAGUCGUCGAGGCGAACUGUUUCUGUGGAGCUCGGAUCGGUGGACAGAAUUAUCGACCUGCAGAAGGAAAUCAACAAGAGAAUUUUUAG